CCGACGCUCCCGACGGGCCCGACAGCGGAGGAUUUGGGAACUACGGGAGAGUUGACGAGUGUUGAGAAUGUCGUCGUUGCUGCUGUACACAGUCGACGUCGUCUCGUAGGCUCAGCUGCUUUGCGAUGCUGCUGAACAUAAACGAAUUGUGUGUUUGGUGUAUUUAGCCGGUCAACGUAUGCCACGCCUUGUCGAGGGCGCUGCUUCCAGCAUGGACGCCUCGGCGUCCGACGUGUCCGGCCGUCUCUCAAAACGAACCUCCGUCGCUUCUAGUAGGGUGCCCGAAACCGAUCUUGUGCCACUGAACUUCAGUCAUACUUCGAGAGGCAUUAAAAAUGAAUUGUUACUCCAUGAGGCUGCAAUCAAGAAUGAUGUUGCAACACUUAAGCACCUUAUUGAAUCGAAAGUGGAUGCCAACGCAAGAACACAUAUGGAGAGGGUACCACUGCAUUGGGCUGCAGCUCAUGGCCACCUUGACGCGAUGGCUGUCCUCAUCCAGGCAAAAUGUGAUGUGGAGGUGACAGACAAGUAUGGGAUGCGACCACUGCUGAUGGCGGCGUGGUUUGGACAUUGCGGUGCUGUUCAGCUACUCGUUGAAAGCGGGGCCAGUUGCCGAGCAGUUAACCGUCAAGGUCAAACUGCACUGCAUUGUGCUGCACAGAAUAAUCAUCAUGAAGUCAUUGCAUUCAUGUUGGACUCUACAGAGACCAUCAAAGUCAGCGCCAUUGACAAGAAUGGUCAAACUGCUCUGCAUAUUGCGGCUAUCAACAACUGCAUGGAAAUUGUAGAGAAACUGCUACAGUACAAAGCUGACCCCAACAUCAAGGACAAGUCUGGGUGCACGGCACUUCACCAUGCUGCACAGCGAGGGCAUCAUCUUGUGAUGAAACGACUGCUGCAAAGUAAUAAGAUGGACAUGGAUGACCCAAACUAUGAGAGGAGCACACCUUUGCACUUAGCAGCACAGAAUGGCCAUCAGGCAGCUGUGCAGAUCCUUUUAGAACAUGGCUGUGAUGCUUCUAUCACUGAUGCUAAAGCCCGAACUGCACUUCACAUUGCAGCUUCAUUGGGACACCUUGAUGUGGUAGAAACAUUGCUGCAGUUCAAAGCUUCACUCACAGUCAAAGAUAAGCAUGGUAACAUGCCUUUGCACCUAGCCGUUCUGGGUUGCCAUGCCAACAUGGUCGACUUACUGGUGAAGAAAGGCGCACUGGUAAAUGCAACCAACAAUCGUCUACAAACACCACUUCACAUAGCAGCAGAGCUUGGCUUCACUGAAGUGGUACAGGUGUUGGUGGGCCAUGGGGCAGACCUCUUCCUCCCUGAAAAGGGUGGACGCACAGCGCUCUACAUAGCUGCACGUGGCAGCUAUACAGCAAUAGUGGAUAUGCUCAUUACGGCCGAACGGGAGAUCAAGCACAGGAGCAAGGUCAAAGAGCAAUCAGUUACAACACUCCAGCCUGGUACCCGCCAGUUUUGCAACAGUCUUGUGGAUAUCAAGGAGGAAAGUGUGGCAAGCGACCAGCAGCAACAUUCUGGUGCUGAGAAUGCCGAGGACGGGGAACAGUUGCAGCAGCAGCGACAGCAGCAAAUGCAGCGCUUGUCCUGGACCCUGGCCAAGGAAAUGCUGAUGCCCAACGACUGGAAACAUUUGGCGCGACACUGGGGAUUCACUCCUGAACAUAUCAAGGCUAUUGAACACCAGUACACGGGUAAAUCCAGCUACAAAGAGCAUGGCUAUCGAAUGCUACUCAUCUGGUUGCAUGGCCUCCCACCAAACACAAAUCCUCUCAAGGAGCUCUUUGAGGCUUUGGUUGCCAUUGACAAGAGGGACGUUGCUGAAAAAAUACGGAAGAAGGCGGAAGAAAAUGCAUAUGGAGCCCGGCGUUUCAGCCCCAGCCGGCUCUGCCAUAUGUGCUGCCUGCUGUGACUGCCAGGCUAGUGUCACCCAGCCCUGACAACAUGUGGUCUGCGGGGAAAAAAAGAAUAACUGAAAUAGAUCUGAAAGAAGUUGGAGGAGAAUGCGUGCGGACUGCGUUGGUUCAGCCCUCGCUCGGCUGUGCCACACGCAUUGCCUGCUGUGAUCGCCAGGCGGGCGCCAGCCCCAACAAGUGCCUACACACCGCCUGUGUUCCUCCUGCUUGCUUUGUCACGAUAAAAAAUAAUGUGCCUCACAUCAUUGUUCACGGUGGAUCAAAAGGGAAGCAAGCAAGCAAACCUCUGCGUGCCAACUUGGCUAACGGUGCAGCAGCGACGAUGUUUGUUUCUUGUUGAGACAAUUUGAGAGGACCCAUGGAGAUGAAACAAGGCAAGACUACCUAUAUACACAUAUAACUGUUGUUCUUAAAGGCACGGCCAAAUGCAGAAGCUUCCAAUGCAGAUCGAGUACACCAGGUUCGGAAAAGGUUGAUGUAGAAGAGCUUGCGUGCUGCACAGCAGAUUCGUGGGGAGGGAUAGCUGAAAAAACAACUUCUGUGUUUCUCAAAACAACUUGCCUCUGCUGUGGUACGUGUUGACUGUUUUGAUGUGUAUGCAUAAAAGUUGCAAGCAGUUAACUGUGGCUUCCUCACAUGGAGUACAUCCACAGAGCUUUGAAAUUCAGCAAAAACAACUUUUAGAAAAUAAAUGGAUGCUUUCAUUGA